AUGUCUUCAUCAUCAACAUCGACAUUGGGAGAAAAGAAAAAGGUUGUAAUUAUCGGAGGAGGAUACGGUGGUGUCACAUUGGCAGCCGAGUUGGAUGCCAAGUUUGAUGUGACAUUGGUUGAAAAGAGACCAUUCUUUUUCCAUAAUGUGGCUGCUCUGCGUUCGGCCGUCGAGCCAGAGCUCCUCAAAAAGGUGUUCCUCUCAUACGAUAGUCUUCUCAAAAAGGGUCGUGUCAUUUACCAGACUGCCACCGAGAUUGGUCCCAACCGCAUUGCAUUGGGCAAUGGCGAGGAGAUUGUCGGCUUUCACUACUUGGUCAUUGCAACAGGCACCAACAAUAUGACUCCAUUCAAGUCGCCACUUGAACUGGCCUCGGUCACACCAUACUACACAUCGCUCAAAGAGAAUAUUGGCCGUGCCACCAAGGUGCUCAUCGUCGGAGGUGGAGCUGUGGGCGUGGAACUAGCUGGCGAGAUUGCCACUGAUUUCAAGGGCAAGUCAAUCACUAUUGUACACAACCAAGAACGUUUGGUACACCCCAAUGUCGGCGACAAGUUUAACAAGCAGCUUGGCCAGAAACUCAAAAAGAUGGGUAUCACCACCAUGCUCUCUACGUCGAUCGCAAUCCCCGACACUGUCAUUGCCGCACGUAACAAUCAAGAAACAUAUCCAUAUAAUGUCGAACUCAAGACUUAUGACACUGACAAGGGUCCAGUUGAAGCCGACCUCGUGUUUUGGAGUAUCGGUAACAAGACAAACAACGAGUAUCUCCAAACUCACUUUGCCACACAAUUGGAUCAAGCUGGCCGUAUCAAGGUCAAUGGAUCGCUGCAAGUAGAGGGUCACGACAAUGUAUUUGCUAUCGGUGAUAUCACCAAUGUCGACGAGCUCAAGACAUCAUACAAUGCUGCCUACCACGCCGCCGUCGUCUCCAAGAAUAUCCAAGCACUCGAAUCGAAAAAGAAAUUGUCAGUUCACAAACCAUCUGGUGUCAUGAUCAGUGUGUCGCUCGGUCGCAAGGAUGGUAUCACCCAACUACCAAACGGAAUGAUUCUCGGUGGAUUCAUGACAGCUGCCGUCAAAUCAAAAGGAUUAUUUAUUAGUCGAUUUAAAAAGGCUUUAAAUAAUCCAAAAGAAUUAACAUUUUAA